AUGGAUAACUUGAAGCUCCAGGAAGGAAAAAAAAACUGUGCCCAAAGGGUAAAUGGAGAUUUUCAAGUUCAGUCCGCGUGGGCGCGCAACUCCCGAAGAUUACAGGCUAGAGAAUCUCAAGUUAAACUUGACCGCUUCUUAUCGGCAGUAGCGCAACGACGAGGUGGCGUAUCAAGUAGACAGGUUAGCAGAGGUCAAGUGGAACCUGCGACUGCAGCCCAGACUCCUGUUGGUGAUACACAGUUUCUUCCUCAGUCACCCACGGGCCGGAUGGCUCAGAUUGUUAACAUUGAAGUCCAAUGUCAGAAAGAAUCGAUGAGCAUUAGAAUUGAAUUUAGCCUCCCAUUCAAUGGCAUCAUUUACUCUAAAGGUUUUUACAGCGACAGCAGUUGUCAGUAUAUAGCAGCCAACAGUGGGAAGUCCGUAUACGAGUUCACGGUUUUUCUGGACCGUUGUGGCACCCAGUUCAUAGAUCAGUUCAGCCAGGGUGGUGAGGCCUAUCUAGAAAAUACCAUUAUUAUUCAGAAUGAACCUGGUUUCCAAGAAAUCUGGGACACUGCUCGGCACAUCCGCUGUCUGUGGACGGGACAGUUUGAAAAGACUGUUACCUCAAGCAUCAAUGUGGACAUGCUAGACAUCGUGUCCAUCACAUACAGUGGAGAUUCAGUGGACAGUUACAUGGACAUUCAGGUUGGGCGUGGACCAUUUGCUGCUCCAGUCAAUGGACUGGUCAAAAUAGGUGACACACUGACCGCAGUAAUUUAUGUCUUGGGCACAGAUGAUUUUGAUAUUCAUGUAAAGAGCUGCAUUGCCCAUUCUGGUGACGUCACAAAGGCCAUUCAACUGACCGAUGAACGUGGAUGCGUUAUAAAGAAAAAAUUAAUGGGUCCUUGGCAGAAAACACGAUCAACUGGUAAUUCUGGUGCUAGCAUUAUUGCUUACACCUUUUUCCAAGCAUUCAAAUUCCCAGACACAAUGGAACUGUACUUAGAAUGCAACGUUGAAAUCUGCAAGUUCCAGUGCGAGAACUUCUGUCCUGAGUAUCCACAAUCACUAACAGUGAGACAGAAGAGAGAAGCUAGUGGAAGAGACCAAAGUGUUUACAAAGACAAGGAUGGCAUAGUGAGAACAUCAGAACGUGCUGAACCUGUAAGAUUACUACGUGGUAUUCAAGUUGUUGCUCCAGAAGACAUUACCUUCACUGAAACAAAUAAUGGGACAUUAACCCUAACUGCCGGACAUCAGGCCAACGUAAAAGGAGAUUUCUGCAUGUCAACUCCUAGUUUUAUUGCAGCCUUAGUGGUCAUCUUAAUCAUCUUGCUAGCUUCUUGUUUGAUGACCGCUAUUCUGUGUGUCCGAAUCCGUAACAUUCCAAGCACUCCUUCUUUGUCCAAUUUGCACGCAUAUUCUCAAAGGGACAUUAUUAGUAGUCUUGGAAAAUAA